GUUUGUUCGGGUUUUGAUGGAUUUCGUGAAAUUUGAAAAAAUCCUGCGGUCGGUUGCGCGUCUCCUUUAGAUUUGUUCUCGGAAGUGAAAGUUACGGUUUUAUAGGACAUUUUGAAGUGUGUGAGUUUAGCAGGAUGGAGGAAAUACUGCAGAAAACACGGAAGAUUUUACUAUCAGUGGAGGAGUCGGAAAAACAGUUUGAGAGGGAUUUUGAGGCUUUUAAGGAGAAAAUAAAUGGCUUAAUUUACGGAAUAAAAGAACCCAAUUCGACGCCACAACAGAAAAAGAAAGUCAAACGGUUAAGCAUAAUAGUUGACGAUGAAGAUAACGAGGCUGAUCCACAAGUCCUUAUAACAAGGCAAACCAGUGCAACAAUAAUUAAGACUGAAGUUAUAGAAACGAGCGUAGCGCGUCCGUCACGGGCCGCGAAACUCAAAGUGGGGUCGUUUAAAGAACCUGCUCUUGUAGGAAAAUUGAGAAGACCUUCCAAUGCCACAGAUACACUUUCAGAAACGAAAAUUAUGUUACAGCAGAAUGGCGAUGAAACAACACACAGUCCUGAAAAUCAAGAUAAACAAGUGCCAGAUAAUUCAAGGAUUUCUGGAGAAGAUGUCAUUAAACAAAAUGGCAACGCUCAGAAGCGUUCACUGGAAGACGAAGACAAAAAUGACAACAAUAAUAGGAACGAUUCGAUCGAAUCGGCCAAAAAAGUUGACGAAUCAUUACUUAUUGUGCCGAACGGCGAAGUAGCUGUAGUGGAAAUUUCGGAUAGUGAAACUGAAAAGCUGAUGCCACCACCAAAUGAAAUUCCAAAGAAAAAAACAACUCGUAAAGCAAAGCAAGCCGAAGAUCCACCUGAACCACAAAUUCGAUCGUCACUGAGGAUCAAAAAAGAAAAACUGAGUGCAGGUCGUUCUAUGGAGAAAGAUAAACAAGAUGAACCAUCUGACGCUGAAACUGAAAAAUUCAAGGCAAUUGAAGAGGAAAUUAAACAGGAGAAAACCGACGAAUCGACCACUGGCAAGCGUGGAAAGCCAAAACGGGGAAAGAAACAAAUCAAAUGUCUGCCUAUUAAAGAGGAGUCCGGAAGCGAUGAUACCGAAAAAGUGCCGAAAGUCGAAGUAACCCAAACUCGCCAAACACGAAACAAGACUAAGCAAGGAAGUAUAGAUUCUGUCUACGAAGACGCCGUAGGUGAAGCUCCGAAAACUACUAACAAUGUUAUUGAGAAACCAACUGCUGUUCUUGAAUCGGCGGAGAAUCCUCCUUCAAUGAAUACGCGGUCAUCGAAAGACAUACCGGCUGACGCUACAUUUGUAUCAGCGAAAGACGUUCCGAUUCCUGAAACUGAUUCUACAUUUAUAACAAACGCAUGUCCGCAACAGACAUUCAUAAUGGACAAAACGAAAGGUGUUGAUCACAUCAACGAUGCUAACAAAACACAAACCAUAACAAACAAUGCAUCUCCUGUGAAUGCAACAUUCUCAGUCAAUGAUGAAACGUUUCAAGCUCGGCCUGUUGAGCAGACACUGUCCAAAGCGGAUAUUAUGCGAAGCAGCAUAAUGACCGAAGAAGAUUCAGGCGAUGAAUUUAUGCCACCUCCGCCAGCAAUUCCCGCGUUGUCGAAAAUGAAGAAGAAGGAGUUGUUUAAUCCUUGUAUUAAAAGUCCAGUGAAGAAGAAAGUUGAAGCGUUCGAGAAGCACGCAAAUGCCAUGGCUAGUCCAGCGGCAGCACGCCAGACAAGGUUGAAGGCGAAAUUGAAAGAGAAUAGAGACCCAGAGUUUCCGGGUAGCAAACAAAACACACCUUUGUUACAGCGUGAAAUAGCUAAAUUGCUCACCCCUACGCAAAGUUCAAAUGUAACGCCGAACCUUGCGAUUCCAAUGACGAAAUUCUUAGCAAAUAGUACAUCGAAAUUGGCCCAACUCCAAAAAUCGGCAAAACCCGCAUCAGCGCUGAGUAAAACAAAAUCUUUAUCGCGUGAGAAUAGUGCAGAAGAUAUUAAGCGAGGAGGAUAUCCCAAAUUACAACAAAUAGCCGAUGAGAAGAAAAAGAAGCGUGAACUUAAGCAACAGCAAGCGGCCAUGACACGCGAGGCAAAGGAAAAAGAACGAACAGAGAAGCUAAAGAAAGCCUUACAAGAACGAGAAGAAAAGGCUCGUCGUCGCAAGGCACAGGAGCUUGAAAUGAAGAAACAGCUCGAGGAAAUCAACAAAAACAUCAAAAUGCAAGAGGAGAAGCGCGAAGGCCAGAAACGGCUUGAGAAAAAGCAACUGGAACUUGAAUUAGCAGAAGUAGCCCGCAAGGAGCGGGAGGCAAUAGACAAUAUGAAAAUACAGAAAGCUAAAGAGGAACUGCAGCAAAAACUAUUGGAAAAUCAGCGGUUACAGCAAGAGAAGAAAGCAACAAAGAAGGUGAAGGACGCGUUGAAAUACGACUUUGACCUGUUGAACAGUGGCGAUUCCACCGAUGAAGAGGGAAAGCCGAGCUCCAAGAGGCCGCCACCACCAGUCUGGAGCAAAUCUUCAAUCCGACAAAUGCUCAUCGACCGUCAAUCUCAGGUACCCACAAAGAUCGUAGACAGUUUCUUUUCAGUUCAACCCAUGACACCAGAUCUCCGUGAAAUCUUCCCGGCUAUUGAUCCGCGAAACUUGAAGCGAAAUUCAAGUAUGUAUUGGAAUACGCCACCAAGAUAUUCACAAUUGCCUAAAUAUUAGACGGAUUAGUUUAGGGAGGAUUCAUAGAUUUAAUAAAAUCACUUUACAUUGUUCGGUUUUCUUUAGUAUUUCCGUUAGUAUUAAAUCUUAUUUUGUGUGCAUUUGUGCAGAUAUUAUAAAUUAUAGUACAUAGAAAGCUAUUGUUUACGUUAAACUAGUAAUAAUUUAAGCAACUAAGGAAAUGUUAUGCUACUUAUAAUUCAAAUAAAACACACACAAACGAAA